AUGACGGGUCCGUUUCAUACCUAUGGGCCAACGUGCCUACUGGUAGAUGAAGAGCCAGAGCUGUCAAGUCUGUACGCGCUCUCAACACCGCCAGAAAUUCGCUCGCAUUUCUUCUACGUUUCGUCCCUGCCAAUCGACGAUCCUCUGGCUCCGCUCCCGCCGCCAACAAGCGGUCAAGCAUCGGAAGAUGAAAGGACUCCUCCAAAACCAUUCUCGGCCAGAGAUAACUUGGCCCUAGAGAAAUCCUGGCAGGAGCUUGGGAAAGCUCGAGAAGCCCAACAAGUUGGUCAGACCGGACCUUUGCCUGAAACGCCGACAGCGCGCUCUGGAAUAGCUGUGCCAGGUCAGGGAUCAGCCUCCGAUGUUGAAAGACGUCGAAAGCCGGCAGCCAGAGGAGAUGCAAGUCUAUCUAGUACCGGUAGCACUCCUAUCGAGCCACCGUUGCUCCCAGACGAGCUGCCUUCCCGGAGUGUCAAAAGCCGACCGGGUCAUCCCGGUACCAGCGCUGAUGCUCGGCCUGAGAACUAUGCAGAACGGCGGUUGAUGAUCUCUUCUAUGGAGGAUGACGUGAAGGAUGGAAAAAUUAGCAGGGGUGCUGGCAGUGUUUAUCGCAGGAGAGACCGAUCCUCGUCCUUGAACGAGUCACUCUCAACAAAGCGAAGAAGCAGUUCGCCAGUCGAUCACGACAUGGAGGACGUUCAUGAUGAGUCCGUCAGCGUACGCGCCAACCGAUCUCGCGAUGCGAGCAUCAGUGGAUCACCUUUCAUCAGAGCUCCGGUAUCCCAAUCACAUAGCCCGUUCGGCCGCUCGGUUGAGUCAUUGCCCCCGAGGGACGGGUCCCACGAAGGGCAGCCUGAGUUGCGGGUUCCCGUCACCCCCCGCUCCGUACCGAAGCCCUCGGGUUUGAGGACUUCUAUGAGCUUGGAAGGAUUGUCACAAGAUCCCACACGUGAGGAGGAGUCUGGGGAGGACUCACAGGUCAAGAUUCCAGUUGGUGCAUCUCGUCUCCACUUGGUCGAGCUGCCCAACCUGAAGAUGAAACCUAUUUACUGGAACCCGCUUCAUGAUAUUUCAGACGUUGUUCGAGCCACUUGGUUCUACAAGAACACCAUGAUGCCCGUGGAGACAGAACUUGCGAACAGGCUGGAAGAGGGAUACGUCUAUCUCAGACCGUGGACACAGACAUGGCAAGAGGAAUUGAAUAGUUGCGUUGAAAAUGGUGCAGAUGCAGAGAUGAAGAUUGUCCACGAACUCUGGCCCAAGGGACAGUCGCUGUCUGCCAGUCGACCUGGUACUGCACAGGAGUCGAACCAAGGGACCAAUGAGUCUGCCCCAGAUGAGAGCGCAGAAGCCUUCAAAUUCGAUCCUAAUCAAGCUGCCGGGGGAACUGCCAACCGUGUCGAGGUAGUCAAACCUUAUGCCACUUCAAGUGCUAUCUAUGUGGAUGCUCGAAACGCCCAGAUCCUCAGACCUAGUUUACUCCCGUCUGUUGCCCGGGGUAGGCGGCCGCUGAGUGCCAUUCGCAAGGGACGUCAAAUCGGUAUUCCCGUCAUUAGAGGCUUCAGUCGGAAGCGAUGGGACCAGCUACAUCCAUCCAAACCCAAUCCUGUCGAUGUUCGCCAGUAUAUCCGAAGGCCCCAGAGCCAGAACACGGCUCUAGCACCUGGCGAAUCAAUAUGCUACGCAUGCAAGAUGGAAGAGAUGCGGCCAAGCCCAUCAGAUCUAGUGUUUGUCAUUCACGGCAUCGGCCAGAAGCUUUCUGAGAGAAUGGAGAGCUUCCAUUUUACACACGCGAUCAAUGCCUUCCGUCGCCAGGUGAACAUGGAAUUGAAUAACGAGCCCGUGUGGCCGCAUGUGCGAAAAGACCAUGGUGGGAUCAUGGUCUUGCCUGUCAACUGGAGAACGACUCUAUCCUUGGAAGAUCCAGCUCUCGAUACCCCGGACACAGAAGACCCAGCAUCCAACAACUUUUCCCUCGCGGAUAUCACGCCUGAGACACUCCCCGCAGUUCGAUCCCUGAUCAGUGAUGUCAUGCUGGAUAUUCCGUACUAUCUGUCCCACCACAAACCAAAGAUGAUCAAGGCCGUUGCAAAGGAAGCCAACCGGAUCUACCGCCUGUGGUGUAGGAACAACCCUGGUUUCCAGGAUAACGGUCGCGUUCAUCUCCUCGCCCAUUCUUUGGGUAGUGUCAUGGCUCUCGAUAUUUUGAGUCACCAACCGACAAAUAUUGAUCGCUUUGAUUUUCCCAAUACACCUCUACACAGCGACAUCUUUGAGUUUGAUACCAGGAAUCUGUUUCUCUGUGGUAGCCCUGUUGGGUUCUUCUUGCUUCUUAAUAAAGCCAGCCUUCGCCCUCGCAAGGGUAGAGAAAAACCAGGGAGCGAGGGCGAAGAUCGCCUGCCCGGUGUUGCCGGAGAGGCUGGCAAGUAUGGCUGUCUCGCCGUGGACAACCUGUACAACAUCAUGCAUACAACAGAUCCGAUUGCAUACCGCGUGAAUGCAGCAGUAGAUAGCGACCUCGCCAAUUCGCUCAAAAUCGCUUCUAUUCCCAGCUCCACUUCAUCCUUCAUACAAUCCUUCGGCAGCGUCUUCCGAUGGAGCUCAGCACCUGGCUUUAUCCCAACAGCCACACCGAUACGCCCCGCAGCAGUAGCAAAACUCCCAUCGACAGUGGAAAUGGAGACGCAUGACUUUACUCGCGAAGAGAUUGCCGAGAAACGCAUGUUACUGCUAAACGACAACGGCCAGAUCGACUACUACCUCUCCGGUGGCGGAGGCCCGCUCAGCAUUCAGUACCUGAACAUGCUCAGUGCGCAUAGCAGUUACUGGACUUUGACUGAUUUUGUGCGAUUCCUGGUUGUGGAGAUUGCUCGCAAGCAGGGACGGGAUGGAACCCUGCUUCCUUUUAGAGCGGAGAAGAAGAAAGAGUGGAAGUACUCCAAGGGGUGA